GACAGUCUUGGCUAGCUCGCUAGCAGGCAGGGCUAGCUGCUAUAUAUUCCAGUGAAGAAGAAGGCGACUGAAAGCAAGGACUUGCUCUCGGAAAUAACCAGAAAAUAAUUCGGUUUCCAUGGACAACACGUCCAUCAUUACCCAGGUAGCAAAUCCAAAGGAGGAGGAAAUAAUUUCUUCGAGCCAAGAAAAAGUUUCGCAGUCGAAUAGCAGCUUAAAGAAGCACCGGAGCAGGAGCAUCUUCAGCCCGUUUUUCUGCUGCUUCCGUAACUACAAUGUGGACCCUCCACUUCAGAACAACAAGACGUGUUCGCUGCCUCCACCUACCGAGGAGAACGUCGGCUCUACUAAGUGUGAUCAGGUCCAGGUCAUCCCUAUCCCCAGUUCUCCUGCCAAAUACCUCCUACCUGAAGUCAGCAUCACAGACUACGGCAAGAACUGUGUGGUGAUCGACCUUGAUGAGACCCUGGUGCACAGCUCCUUUAAGCCCAUCAGCAAUGCAGAUUUUAUCGUUCCUGUGGAAAUCGAUGGAACAGUCCAUCAGGUCUACGUGUUGAAGAGACCCCAUGUGGACGAGUUUCUGCAGAAGAUGGGGGAACUGUUCGAAUGUGUGCUCUUCACAGCCAGCUUAGCUAAGUAUGCUGACCCCGUGGCAGAUCUGCUGGAUCAGUGGGGUGUGUUUCGUACGCGCCUCUUCAGGGAAUCCUGCGUGUUUCACAGAGGGAACUACGUUAAAGACCUCAGCCGGCUGGGCCGACAACUCAGCAAAGUCAUCAUCGUGGACAACUCGCCCGCCUCGUACAUCUUCCACCCAGAGAACGCCGUCCCGGUGCAGUCAUGGUUUGACGACAUGACAGACACGGAGCUGCUGGACUUGCUGCCUCUGUUUGAGGGUCUGAGCCGAGAGCAGGAAGUUUACAGCGUGUUACAGAGCCUGAGGGCCAGGUAGCACCGGCACACUGUUGAAACACACAGGCUGCGCAGCUUCUACCAGAUACUCACUCUCUGGCAACGCUGAUCAGGCGAAGCUAUGGCCUCUAGACGGCGCUACUGUCUCACACAAGGGAUAAAGGAUGGACUUCACGCACCUCCAGUGGAGAAAUGUUUAGUGUGGUCUGACCGAAGUGUAUGGGAUGCUGUGCCACCCAGAGACAAGUGCACAGAAAAUAUAGUGUAUAUAGCCUAUGUUUUUAGACGAAGAACAUCUGUAUUUAGUGCCUGUCAAAAGUUUGGAAACACUUUUAUGGUUAUGGAGAGAGACAUGCAUGAUCCUUUAAUUUACUUACAAUUUCAUUUUAAAGAUUUGAAUACAUUUUUGCCACCUUAGGCAGAAGGUUCAGGAUUAAACACAUGUAUAUGUCAAGCUCCACUUUACAAGAUUCUGUUUUAUAAUUUAGAAAUGUUAUUUAAAUACAUACAUACAUACAUACAAUCAAUUAUUAUAUACAUCUGUAGUGUGAGACAGGAAUACUAACCCAACAUGGCUGCCAUUCCAUACUUCAACACCAUGCAAUUCCGUCUGGACUGCAGCUCAUUAAAAAGCGACUUCACCAUUCAAGACAAAGACCUGAAGCGUACGUCCAAGCUCCGUAAUUUAGAGAGCAAACAGUCUUUCAUGGAAUCAUGGACUGGCCUGCCCAGUUACGCCCCUAAAUCCUAUUGAACUGCUCUGGGAUCAACUGGAUCACAAGGUCAGAAAGAAACCUUCAAUGGCCAAGUAUUUCACCUGAACGUUUGGAGAAACGAACUGUCCGGAGUGUGUAAAGCUGUAUUUCGUGCUAUGGUAGGAAUUUUUGAAUGGAAAUAAAGUGGAACAUCUGUACAUUUAUUCAUUUGUUUGGUGAAAGUAAAUCUGUAUACCAUAAACAUGCAGGUGUCUCUCAAAAACUAUAAAAUACUCUGUAUUUCCACACUUUUGACAGGCACUAUAUAUCAGAAAACAAGAAGAAAGAUUGCAGAAGGUAUAUAGAUAUAUGAUAUAGAAGAUUUGGAAGACGCUGUAACGACUCAACCCUUCACCUCACGCUAUGCAUAAAAAGUGCCUUUGGAACAUUUUUUACAAACAUAUAUAAGCGACAUUUUUAUAUGCUGCGUAUUUCCGGACCUUUAAAUGAAUAUUUGCUGUAAACCUGAGUGAACAGACGAGCCUUUAUUUUAACAAUGUUUGUUUAUUUUUUCCCAGUGAUUUCCUUUCCAGCCUCCAUUGAGCUAAAUGAACUGUGUAUCGAUAAAAACAAACCUAUCUCUGGUUUUAUUUUUGUUAGAAAAAAAAACAGAACAAAAAAUCAUAGAAGCAUUGUGUUGAAAAAAUACUGAUUAGCAUCUCAAUGCAAUUUGAGGAAAUGACAUGGAAAUUGUUAAAUCAGUACUUGAAUACAGUACAGUAUGAGCAUUUAUGAGCAUUUAUCAAAAUCAAAAUAAACAUUUCAGUCGA